AUGAAGCAAUCUUCUUUUUCUUCUUCUUCUUCGUCACGUAAUUCAACUAGUUUAACAAACAGACUCAAAACCAUCUUCAAAAAAGCUGAAGAGCUUUCGAUUCUCUGUGCUAUUGACGUUUGCGUCAUCUAUUACGGACCAGACGGUGAACUGAGAACAUGGCCUAAGGAGAGAAAUACAGUGAAAGACAUGGCUUCGAGAUAUAAAGAGGCCACAAAACGCAAGAAGAAACGGACUCUUUCUACUCUGCAAGAAAGGCUUCGUAUUGUUGAGUCGCAGAAACAACAAAACAAAAACUUGGUGCAUCAGAGUUUAACACCAUCGUAUCUGAACCAGAUCCAACACUUGAAUCCUAGCAACUUCUCGCCGUAUAUGUACAACCAUGGAGAUGCUGCUACUCUCUCACAACUCCCACUGUCUGCUUCACUCUCCAAUCAACUCCAAUUACCUGAAUCACUUGAUGCGGCAUGGUUUUGGUCAGAACAUGUGUUUGGACAACAUCACCAACAACAACAACUUUCAACAUCCUGGCGUGUCAAACACACAAGAAUACUCACCGUUUCUUUCGGUACAAGCAUCUGCAGUGAAUAA